AUGGCUGACAGAGCCGAUGACAAGACCAUCACUGCACACAAGGAGAUCGAAAGUCUGAAUCUUCCACCAACGACUCACAAAUUCCAGUUCUCUUCCAAGACCAAGAAGCAAGAUGGCGACGUCGCGUUGGCACUCUUCGCAAAUGCCGAUGACCUACAUAUCCCCAUCGACCCUGCCGAAGAGAAGAAGCUCAUGUGGAAGAUCGACUUGUUGAUCCUUCCAUUGAUCGGAGUUUGUUACGCUUUCUUCUACAUUGAUAAAACGACGCUUUCAUAUGCGGCUAUCUUCGGCAUCCGUGAGGACUUGAACCUUCACGGGACGCAAUACAGCUGGCUCAGCAGUCUAUUUUACUUCGGAUUUCUUGCCUGGGCGUUUCCAACCAAUUUUCUCAUGCAAAGACUGCCGCUAGGCAAAUACCUUGGCUUCAACAUCUUCAUGUGGGGCUUCUUUUUGAUGCUCCAGGCCGCGUGCAACAGUUUUGCCACGCUCGGUGUCCUCAGAGCGUUGGCUGGGGCAGCUGAAGCGUGCUCCGACCCGUCCUUUAUGCUCAUCACCGUCAUGUGGUACACACGACGAGAACAGCCACUGCGCAUCGGUUUAUGGUAUACUGCUAACGGCUUGGGAAUCGCCCUUGGUGGUCUUCUCGGCUACGCCAUCGGUCACAUCAGAGGUGCCCUAGCAUCGUGGCGGUACGAGUUCAUCAUUAUUGGUGCUCUUUGCUGUGUAUGGGGUAUAGUCAUUGGCAUCUUCAUGCCAGAUUCCCCAGUCACGGCCAAGUUCUUGAAUGAUCGCGAGAAGAGAAUUGCCGUCGAGCGGUUGAAGAGCAACCAGACCGGUAUCGAGAACAAGCACCUCAAGGCGUACCAAGUGCUGGAGGCAUUCACCGACAUCAAGUUAUAUUUGUUUUUCAUCUUGGGAGUUGUUGGAAAUAUUCCUAAUGGUGGCAUCUCAAACUUCGGCACUCUCAUCAUCAAAGGCUUCGGCUUCUCGACCCUUGUCACAACGCUGAUGCAAAUCCCAUACGGCUGUUUCAUCAUCGUUUCGAUCUUGACAUGCGUAUUCCUGAAUGAUCGCUUCCCAAACAACAACCGGUGUAAAUUCAUCCUCCUCUUUCUGUGCCCGAACAUCGCUGGUGCAUUCGGCCUGUGCUUCGUGGAUGAAAAGCACCAUGUAGGCCGGUAUUUCUGCUAUCUCCUAACCGGGCCAUACAACGCCGCUUUUGUUAUGAUCUUGUCUCUACAAAUUGCAAACACAGCCGGCCACACGAAGAAGGUGGUCACGAAUGCGGUGUUGUUCCUGGGGUACUGUACUGGAAACAUUGGCGGUCCUUUCUUCUACAAGACUGAUCAGGCUCCCGGCUACAAGUUGGGAAUCUGGAGCAUGAUUGUCAGCCAUCUCAUUGAGGUUGUUGUCAUCAUCACGUUCUGGAUGUUGAUGAAAUACGAAAAUGCUCGACGCGACAAGAUCCAAGGCAACGAGGAGCGGGAUCUCGAUGCCACGGCUUUCGGCGAUCUAACGGACAGGGAGAACUUGAACUUCCGGUAUAUCUAUUGA